AUGACUGCCAUCACUCGUUUCGGCUUCCUGGCUGCGGCCAUGGUGUUCCACCUGGUCUACAUUGUCUCCAUCUUCGACAUUUACUUUGUCAGCCCAGUCGUCUCAGGGAUGCGCCUGUUUGGCGUGGAACGUCAACCUACAGACAGGGCGCCAGCCGACAGACUCGUUCUCUUUGUCGGCGAUGGGCUUCGAGCCGACAAGGCCUUCCAGUCUUUCCCACUGCCCUACCCCACCACAGAUGACGACCUCGUUCCGCGGCCGCUCGCCCCUUUCCUACGCUCCAAGGUUCUCGAAGAGGGAACCUUUGGUGUGUCACACACUCGUGUCCCGACCGAAUCACGUCCCGGCCACGUUGCCUUGAUUGCUGGCUUGUACGAAGAUGUUUCGGCCGUCGCUACCGGCUGGAAGCUCAACCCCGUCGGCUUUGACAGUGUUUUCAACAGGAGUCGCCAUACCUGGAGCUGGGGCAGCCCUGAUAUUCUCCCCAUGUUUGAGCGCGGUGCUGUCCCGGGCCGAGUGGACGCCUACAUGUACGGGGCGGAGCUCGAAGACUUCUCCAAGGAUGGCAUGCAUCUCGACUUUUGGGUUUUUGACCACGUCAAAGACUUCUUCGCCGAGGCGGCCGUCAACCCCGAGCUAAACAAUGCCGUGCGCCAAGAUAAAGUCGUCUUCUUCCUCCAUCUGUUGGGUCUCGACACUACCGGCCACGCCAAGCGGCCCUACUCGCCCGAGUAUCUCGACAACAUCAGAAUCGUCGAUCAAGGUGUCAAGGAGGUCACAGAGCUCAUCGACAACUUUUACAAGGAUGGAAGGACUGCCUACGUCUUCACAGCUGACCACGGCAUGAGCGACUGGGGAAGCCACGGUGAUGGUCACCCAGAUAACACCAGGACUCCAUUGAUUACCUGGGGUUCCGGUGUCGCACCCCCUCAACUAUUUCCUGGCAUGGUUGCACCAGGACACGAUGAACUCUCAUCCGACUGGGCACUAGACCAUGUGCGCAGGCACGAUAUUGCACAGGCGGAUGUUGCUGCGUUGAUGGCGUACUUGAUUGGCACCGAGUUCCCCGCCAACUCGGUUGGCGAGCUGCCUCUCUCCUACCUGGCAGCAAGCAGCAAGGAAAAGGCCGAGGCCCUCCUUGUGAACGCUCAAGGUAUCCUGGAGAUGUACCGUGUCAAGGAGGAACUGAAGCAGCAGAGGCAGCUCCGGUUCGUCCCUUACAGCCUCCUCAGCUCCGAGGGGCUAACCCCUGAGGAGCGAUUAUCAAGCAUACGUGACCUCAUUGUCGAGGGCAAGUAUGAAGAGGCCGUGGAAGAGUGCGAUGCUCUCAUUGGACUAGGCCUCAGUGGCCUGCGCUACCUGCAGACGUACGACUGGCUUUUCCUCAGGACCGUCAUCACUCUGGGUUACCUUGGCUGGAUGGCAUUUGCCCUAACGACAGUUGUCGACAUGUUUGUCGUACCUAUGGCGAACCCUCCGCAGAGGUCCUUUGCCAGUGUCAUAUUCUUUUCGUCAGUCCUGGUGGCACUCUAUGCGUCAUUUAUCAUCUCGAGCUCCCCUGCUACCUACUAUAUCUACUGCUUCUUCCCGGUUGUUUUCUGGGAAGAGGUCCAUGCCCGCAAGGCCAGCAUCGUCGAGGGAAGCAAGAUCCUGUUUGGCCACAUCAAGUCGGCGGGUGCCGUGUUGACUUUUGUUGUCAGCACUGGCCUUUACAUUGCCGUCAUCGAGUCACUAGCACUUGGAUAUAUCCACCGCGAGAUUUUCACCGGCCUGUUCCUCCUCGCAGCUUUGUGGCCAGCUGCCUACGGCAUCGAGUUUCUUAGGUACCACGGCCUCCUCAGCGCCACUUGGAGCAUAUCAUGCAUUGCCAUGAGUGUCUUUACACUUCUACCUGCCAUGAAGGUGGAGAGUGUACCACUAAUCCUGGUUGGCGGAGCUUUGAUGGUACUCAUUGGGUUCCUGUACCUUGCGCUAGAGGACUUCGUUCUUGCCGACUUCACGCGGGUAGAAGGGAUCAAGCCGGCCAGCUCUACAAGCCGAAUUAUUACCGGAAUCCAGGUGGGAUUGACACUACUGGCUACGCUGGUAACGCGAUCCAGCGCUCUGUCACUCCAGGCAAACCGGGGCCUUCCAGUUGGAAACCAGAUUGUCGGGUGGAUCGUUCUCGUCGUCUCGUUCCUGGCGCCCGUAGCGUACAGGCUAGAUCCCAACCCCAGUACGCAUUACAUGCACAGGCUUAUGGUGCUGUUCCUGACGUGCGCCCCUACAUUCGUGAUCCUCACUAUCUCGUACGAGGGCCUCUUCUAUGUGGCCUUUGGUAUUACUCUGUUGACGUGGGUCAAGCUCGAGUACAGCAUUCAGAGGUUUAUGACGAGCUCGAGCACGUUGCCUGCGGUAGCGAGUACGACCACGAGCAGUAAUGGCAAUAGCAAAGCGGAUGCCAAGGCGGAACGCCUUCUCCGACCACUGACCCUUUCAGACGCGCGCGUGGUACUCUUCUUCAUGGUGCUCCUGCAAUCAGCCUUCUUCAGCACGGGCAACAUUGCGUCGAUAUCAUCCUUCAGCCUAGAGAGUGUGAGCCGGCUGAUUCCCGUGUUCGACCCCUUCUCGCAGGGCGCCCUACUCAUCAUCAAGCUCAUGAUCCCCUUUGCCUUGAUGUCGGCUAACUUAGGUGUGCUGAACAAGCGUCUCGGUGUGGCGCCGUCGGCCCUCUUCAUGCUGGCCAUGGCACUGAGCGACAUUCUCACUCUCUACUUCUUCUGGGUAGUCAAGGAUGAAGGGUCAUGGCUGGAGAUUGGGUCGACAAUUACGCACUUCCUCAUUGCCAGUCUACUGUGCGUAUUUGUAGCCUUGCUGGAGGGUGUCAGCUCCCUGUUUAUUGCCGGUGUUAAGGUUGAACCGGCCCAGGUCCCUCCAUCGAUACAGAACAAUGAGGGUAGCAAGAAGGGUAUCGACGGAGAGGCACGCUCUACGGCAACCAAGUCCAAAUAG